AUGGAUUCAGCACCACGAACAGCGCCGGCAGGAUGAACGGGCUUACCAUCGGCCAGAACACCAUUCCAAUGAAGGACCACGACGCCAUCAAGCUUUUCAUCGGGCAGAUUCCCAGAAAUCUGGAGGAAAAAGACCUGAAACCCCUGUUUGAGGAAUUCGGAAAGAUAUACGAACUCACUGUACUGAAAGACAGGUUUACGGGAAUGCAUAAAGGAUGUGCCUUUCUAACAUACUGUGCCAGAGAGUCAGCACUGAAGGCCCAGAGCGCCCUCCAUGAACAGAAGACUCUGCCAGGGAUGAACCGGCCCAUCCAGGUGAAGCCAGCCGACAGCGAAGGACGAGGAGAAGACAGGAAGCUGUUUGUGGGAAUGCUCGGCAAGCAGCAGAGCGAGGAUGACGUCCGGCGGCUGUUCGAGACCUUCGGCCAGAUCGAGGAGUGCACCGUCCUGCGAGGGCCUGAUGGGGCCAGUAAGGGCUGUGCCUUUGUGAAGUUCUCCAGCCACGCAGAAGCGCAGGCCGCCAUCAACAGCUUGCAUGGUGGACAGACUAUGCCUGGUGCCUCGUCCAGUCUGGUGGUCAAGUUUGCAGACACCGAUAAGGAGAGGACCCUGCGUAGGAUGCACCAGAUGGCGGGCCAGCUCGGCAUCUUCAGUCCCAUGACCAUCCAGUUUGGGGCCUAUGGCGCCUACUCUCAUGCUAUGAUGCAACAGCAAGCAGCCCUGAUGGCAGCGACACAAGGGUCCUACCUGAACCCCAUGGCAGCCAUCGCUGCCGCGCAAAUGCAGCAAAUGGCAGCUUUCAAUGUCAACGGCCUGGUGGCUACUCCCAUGACACCGUCCUCAGGCACCAGCACACCCCCAGGCAUCUCUGCCACAGCCGUGCCCAGCAUAGCCACCCCAAUCGGGGUCAACGGAUUCAGUGCCCUCCCGCCUCAAAGCAACGGGCAGCCCACCUCUGAGCCCAUCUACACCAAUGGUAUUCAUCCUUACCCAGCACAGAGUCCAACGGUGACCGACCCUCUCCAACAGGCUUAUGCCGGUGUCCAGCACUACGCAGCAGCCUACCCUGCCGCCUAUGCGCCAAUCAGCCAAGCGUUCCCCCAGCAACCAACCAUCAUUCCCCAGCAACAGAGGGAAGGGCCAGAAGGUUGCAACCUGUUUAUUUAUCACCUGCCCCAGGAGUUCGGAGAUGCGGAGCUCAUGCAAAUGUUCCUGCCUUUUGGCAACGUCAUCUCCGCCAAAGUCUUUGUGGACCGAGCGACCAAUCAGAGCAAAUGUUUCGGCUUUGUGAGUUUUGAUAACCCGUCCAGCGCUCAAGCCGCUAUCCAGGCCAUGAACGGGUUUCAGAUAGGCAUGAAGAGGCUGAAGGUGCAGCUAAAGCGGCCAAAGGAUGCCAACCGACCUUACUGACUCGUCUGCUGUCCAUACCCAGGAUGAAGGGCCACAACACCUUAUUUCCACAAGUGCAGUAAAAGUACAAAGACUUCUUGCUCUGCUACAUAUCAUGAAGGAAGGGUGGUCCCUUGAUCCUGCUGGAAAACCCGCUGAAAGAUUGGGUGACUGAGAGAAGGAUCCCAGAGUUGUUGUUUUUUUUUUCCUUUUCCGUUUUUUAAUUUUUAUUUAAUUUUUUUCUUUCUUCGCAAAUGCCUCUUUUUUCCCUGUUUUGCUUUGGCGUCUGUGGAAGAAGAUUUUUUGCAGAGACCAACUUUUUGCUGCUGUUUUUUAGA